ACGGACCUUCACUCACGCUGGGGUCGAAUAUCUGUGGAGGAUGCGCUGCCGAUAGAUUUUUGAACAUGUCAAGUUUUUCACGAUCAGCCCAGCAAUGGGCCACAUUUGCUCGCUCCUGGUUUCUUAUUGAUGCCAGGAUGCAGCCUCCAGGAAAAAUAGCAACCAUGUGUGCCAUUAGACUACAGGGCAAACACAAACCCAUCUAUCAUGCGCUGAGUGAUUGUGGUGAUCAUGUAGUAAUUAUAAAUAGCAAAGAAAUAGCCUUUUCUGGGAAUAAAUGGGAACAGAAGGUUUACUCCUCACAUACAGGCUAUCCAGGGGGAUUCAAACAGGUCACAGCUGCUCAGCUUCAUCAAAAAGAUCCUAAAGCUAUAGUGAAAUUGGCAGUUUAUGGCAUGCUGCCUAAGAAUCUACAGAGACGCACCAUGAUGCAAAGACUACACAUUUUUGCAGAUGAUGUACUGCCGGAUGACAUAAAGGCCAACCUGACUGAAGAACUUCCUCAGCCCAGAGAAGUCCCACGAAAACUCAGUGAAUACACUCAAGAGGAGAUAGAAGCAUUUCCACGACUUUGGACACCACCUGAAGAUUAUAAAAUGAAAUGAAGUUGGAUGCUUCCUCAUGUAAUAUCCUUGUUUUUUGUUGUUUCUUUAAUAUUUAUGUCUCACAUAUUGAAUAAAUAUUCUUGACACGUUACCAUCA